AUGGAAUUUACAUCUUCUCUUGCUUUCCCUGGCAAACGGCUAAUAAACCACUUAAUAAGAACCGUAGAAUCCCCUGUGCAAGACUUCUGCUCAGCUCUAUGCUUCAUGGAACCCAACUGCGUCAGCUAUAACGAAUUAGUGACCAGCAGAUCUCCAGUAAUCACAAAAUGCGAACUGAAUAAUUCCACACACAAUGAACAUCCUCAGGAUCUCAAGUCCUGGACAAACUACAGAUAUAAAGGAACAAUGGUGAGUACAUUCUUAUCCUAUUUGUGCUUUUCGCUUAUCCUUGGUUUUGGUGAUUUUUGAUGGUUGGUCGGUAUCCUAUCAUGGCCAAGCGAAUAACAUUACUUGUCAUUUGGUAGAUUAAUAUAUAAAGUUGGCUCAACCUCGGGUUGUUUAGCUUAUAAAUGCUCUAUGGUAAGUUGAUUGCUGGCAUGUUGUUUGGCUGGUUGCACAAUGUUUGUUUGCAAUUGGUUGGUAUGGUUGAUUUGUUGCCUGGCUGGUUGGUCGGUUGAUUUGAUCUCAUGUGACGUUUCAGUUUUCAUUUUAUAGUAUCAUUACUACUUACCGCUUCAAUUGGCAUAUAUCUGCUUUUAAACCUCGUUUUCACAUUAGAACACUUGUGGACAGACUCCAUGCCAACAUAAUGGCACUUGUCAGACAGGAUUUACAGACAAAGGUUACAGAUGCCUUUGCCCGCCUGAAUACAAGGGCACCAAUUGCGAGGAAAGAAACGGUAGAUAAAAAAGCAUUUUUCAUUUGGUGAAAUACUUUUAUGAAAAACUCUACCUCACCCUUUAAGUUAUCUAUUGAUGAAUCCAACUGUCAGUCCUAUUCAGUCAGCCAUUUGUCCGUCUGCUCCUCCAGAUGUCUGAACCCCCUUUUGUCCCUCCUGCUUUCAUAUCCAUCUGUCUGACUAAGUGGCUGGCUGUCUAGCCGUGUAUUCUUUUUACCCAACUCACAUUCUUUUGUUCAAAAUCAAUUCAUCAUAUAUGUGCUGGUUUUUUCCCAACAGUAAGAUGGAUACAGAUGACGCCAUCCACAGUUUGCUUUGGAGCAAGAGAUGAUUCGUAUGGUUUCUUUAGAACUUCCAAAGCCGGUAACAUCAUUACAUUCAAAUUAACCUACAGAUCUGGUUACGUCACCUGUGAUGCACAAAAGUCAAGUUUUCACUCCAAAUGGGGAUGCCUUUGGAACCGUCUCAUUCCCAACCAAAUGGCCACGUUGAUAACUGACAAAAACCGUAAUCUUCUUCUCCCAAAGAGUAAUUUCCUAUCAGACUAUCGGAACUGCAAGUUUUACAGCCUGCCUUGGGCCACAACCGAAUCGCCACAACUGCUUUUUGAUAAUUUGUCUACCCCUCUGACGGUGGAGACGAACCAAGAAUUCCAAAUCUGGUACAGCGAAGACUUGUUCAAAUGGGGUUAUAGCGAUAAUGGGUACGAAAAAAAACGUGCGUUGCAGUGUAUGGUUUGUAUGUUUGAGUAGUCGCAAAAAUUAGAAAGUACAUUGAAGAAGAAAAUUGUUGUUCACGCAUUCAUUACUUCAAUAUUAGAUAGCUGCAGCUCACCACUAUAUGGUCUACCUCAGCGUCUGCUUACAAGAUUGCAAUCCGUUUAAAAUAGUGCAGCUCGAAUUGUUACAUGUACUAGGAAAUUUGAUAUCCAGCCUUAACUCCUCUAUUUCUGUGCAAUUGAAAUAAAACGAAAAUAACAUUUACCGAGCUUCCAAAUGUGGGUAUCACAAACAUUUGGCGAGAAAACAUCUUUAGCUACUUGAAAGAAACAAGAUCAGUUGAAAGAAAAAAAUUCAUUACCGAUCCUUUAUUACCACACGGUGGAGUUUCCUUAGCUAAACACCGGAUCAUUUAAGAAACUUUAAGGAAAUCUUCUUAAACAACGUUUAAAAGCUACUUUAGAACGAAUAUGAUGUUUCAUGAUGAUAAUUUGCGUACGUUAUCUGCUGAAAAUUUCGCUAAUUGCAAAAUUUGAGAUCGUAAUGACAUUUGGUUAGUCUUUCCUUAAAAAAUAUUUGAACUUUGCCAUGGUUCAGUGACAUUGUAGAGGGAACAUGGAAGUUCUUAUCUAAAGUUAAUAAUCGUUUUGCCUUCAAACCAGGUGUUUCUAUUGUAACCAUAGCUAAAGAAAGCACUCUUACCUCUAGAGCGGUGAGGGACCAAAGAGCUUUGUAAUUUGAGAGCUAAGACUUGAUCAUAUCAAACACCAAUGGAUGAUUUCGAAAAGCGUUUCAGUCCAAGAGAACUCUAAGUCUAAGUAUUUGCUUUUCCUAGGGUUUUUUGUCGUCAAUGAGACCUUCUAAAGAAAUUAAUCAAAAUUUGUACUAUGUUGUUCCAAGGACUAAUUUCACUGUGUAAUACACAUGUUAAUGUUUAAAGAUAUUCCUAUGAGACCCAAUUCUCUCCAUCGAGCUAAGCGGAUAACAUCCAUUUGCGCCAUCUGCAUUAAUGUCCACAUAGAACUGACAUCUACGAGCUUUCUUUAAAUUUCUUUUCAUGUUACCGUUAAUCCACUGCCGGGAUCUGGUGAUCAACGUAAACCUUGUGCCAUACGUGCGUGGUAGAAACAGAAAACCGUUACCUUGAAGCAGGCAUGGAAUUUGGUUCAUUUUUCAUUUUCGUAGCCUGGAAUGCAUUAUUGAUAAUAGACGUUGUCGGUGAAAAAGGUGGGUUGUUAUUUGUUCUCCGAGCUGAUAAAAAAUCAUUAUAAUUCAACUAAGUUAGUUGCACAUUCAAUUUCAUAUUCUUUAUUUUUCAGUUUAUUUUUCAUAGAUAAAAAGGUUACAUAGUUAACUAGACUAGAGACCAUACAGCCUAAACUUGCUCUACAAAACUCUGGGAUAAUUGGUGAAAAAUUUUGAUGUCACAUGGACGAUGAGCCAAAUAAAUCAUUUCUGUAUGAUUAAAAUUAAAACAGACUCCUAGACAACUAGACCCUUCUUCAGUCUUCUCUUCUUCUUCUCCUCUUUUGCUUCUUGGACAAUCAACUCAAGUGUCUCUCAUUUUCACUCUCGAGUACAUACUCUUAAGUACUCUUUCAGUAAGCAUGUUCGGGUUAUUGGCCGACUGACUUGGAUUAAACCUCUUGAUCAAACCACAAACCUAAAUACUUUCAUGAGCAUAGAUCUAAACAACAGAUCACUUGAUAUUUUUCCAAUACUAAAACCAAAAGGGGAAUUUUGGUGUUGAUCUUAAUCAAGGUCAAGUAAUCAAUCAAUCAAGGUCAGUAAAUUAACUCAAACAUCACUACCAACGGAAGUCAUUAUUCGAGAAACAAGCUUCAAUAACGAUCAAGGAUCAAAACUAAUCAAAAAUAAAAAUUACGUGUUCGGUCAUACACGCUUCUGUGCAUAAGUCUCACACAAGGACUACACAACGGUCACAUAGGGUAUUCCACUACAAAUAACUAGAUAUCUAAAUGACAAAGAAACAAUCAGGAAACUCAGUUUGAGGACGAAGACAAUCACACAUCUUGAGCAAAUCAGACUUACAACCCUAAAGAAAAUCUUGAAAUUUAAUUGACCAAAACACUUCACAACAGUUCGCAUAUAGUGACCUGUCAGUUCACCAUGGUGCGUCUCACAAACUAUAUUACAUUUCAGUAGGUUAAUGAGGUCAUUUCAGACAAAUUAAAUGGGUUGUUUUUACUUUACCAGCAUGUGCACUUCAAAUAUUGUCAAUUAUUUACGCUAAUCACCGUAUGGGAGUUCUCUCUCUACGAGUAAUUAAGCAAAAGUUUAAAGUUCAGGGCAAGUAUGCACUUUACAAAAAUUAAAAAUUUAACUAACUUGUGAGAUCACCAAAUCAAGGAUAUCGAAAAGCCCCCUCGAUUAUAAAAAAAAACCAGAGGGUUUAAUUCAGACGGGCUUCUUAAAGUAAAGAUCGAGGCUGGGAUGUUGCUUCUUUCAAACUGGGCCAUUGCCCGAUUCUACCAUGUUACCGGUAUGCUAAGAAUUCCAAAUUGAUUUGUCAGAUAAAGAGAGAUAUGUGUCUUCAUAGAUGCACAUCAGUAAAAGCGAAUUAAAAAACAUUAUAUUUAAUAACACAUAAAAUAUGAAGUAGAAAUAUGCCCUAGACGCAUUAGAAAUUUUUUUUUAACCACAAAUAAUUCUCGUUUCUAAUGAAAUUCACGAUUCAGUGUGUUGUGACCCAAUUUUCUCAGUCGCAAACUACAUACAUACUGCUACAGUGUUGUAAGUAUAUUGAAUUUAUAAUUGUAAUAGGACCGAGUGGAGUCUAAUUUCGCUCACUCGUGAAUAUGAUUAAAGACCAAAUUGGACGACACGAAGUCCCGUUACCUAUGUAUUUACUUGUACAAAUCGUAAGUUUCAUCACUCCAUUGGCUUUGCGUAGUCCCUGAAAAACGAAACUGGUUCUUUGCCUGUCUAUACUACACCAUAAAUGGUGCUAAUCAAAUCCGAUUUAGUUUCCUACAGACUUCUGUCGCAAGAUGGAAUUUACAUCUUCUCUUGCUUUCCUGGCAAACGGCUAAUAAACCACUUAAUAAGAACCGUAGAAUCCCUGUGCAAGACUUCUGCUCAGCUCUAUGCUUCAUGGAACCCAACUGCGUCAGCUAUAACGAAUUAGUGACCAGCAGAUCUCCAGUAAUCACAAAAUGCGAACUGAAUAAUUCCACACACAAUGAACAUCCUCAGGAUCUCAAGUCCUGGACAAACUACAGAUAUAAAGGAACAAUGGUGAGUACAUUCUUAUCCUAUUUGUGCUUUUCGCUUAUCCUUGGUUUUGGUGAUUUUUGAUGGUUGGUCGGUAUCCUAUCAUGGCCAAGCGAAUAACAUUACUUGUCAUUUGGUAGAUUAAUAUAUAAAGUUGGCUCAACCUCAGGUUGUUUAGCUUAUAAAUGCUCUAUGGUAAGUUGAUUGCUGGCAUGUUGUUUGGCUGGUUGCACAAUGUUUGUUUGCAAUUGGUUGGUAUGGUUGAUUUGUUGCCUGGCUGGUUGGUCGGUUGAUUUGAUCUCAUGUGACGUUUCAGUUUUCAUUUUAUAGUAUCAUUACUACUUACCGCUUCAAUUGGCAUAUAUCUGCUUUUAAACCUCGUUUUCACAUUAGAACACUUGUGGACAGACUCCAUGCCAACAUAAUGGCACUUGUCAGACAGGAUUUACAGACAAAGGUUACAGAUGCCUUUGCCCGCCUGAAUACAAGGGCACCAAUUGCGAGGAAAGAAACGGUAGAUAAAAAAGCAUUUUUCAUUUGGUGAAAUACUUUUAUGAAAAACUCUACCUCACCCUUUAAGUUAUCUAUUGAUGAAUCCAACUGUCAGUCCUAUUCAGUCAGCCAUUUGUCCGUCUGCUCCUCCAGAUGUCUGAACCCCUUUUGUCCCUCCUGCUUUCAUAUCCAUCUGUCUGACUAAGUGGCUGGCUGUCUAGCCGUGUAUUCUUUUUACCCAACUCACAUUCUUUUGUUCAAAAUCAAUUCAUCAUAUAUGUGCUGGUUUUUUCCCAACAGUAAGAUGGAUACAGAUGACGCCAUCCACAGUUUGCUUUGGAGCAAGAGAUGAUUCGUAUGGUUUCUUUAGAACUUCCAAAGCCGGUAACAUCAUUACAUUCAAAUUAACCUACAGAUCUGGUUACGUCACCUGUGAUGCACAAAAGUCAAGUUUUCACUCCAAAUGGGGAUGCCUUUGGAACCGUCUCAUUCCCAACCAAAUGGCCACGUUGAUAACUGACAAAAACCGUAAUCUUCUUCUCCCAAAGAGUAAUUUCCUAUCAGACUAUCGGAACUGCAAGUUUUACAGCCUGCCUUGGGCCACAACCGAAUCGCCACAACUGCUUUUUGAUAAUUUGUCUACCCCUCUGACGGUGGAGACGAACCAAGAAUUCCAAAUCUGGUACAGCGAAGACUUGUUCAAAUGGGGUUAUAGCGAUAAUGGGUACGAAAAAACGUGCGUUGCAGUGUAUGGUUUGUAUGUUUGAGUAGUCGCAAAAAAUUAGAAAGUACAUUGAAGAAGAAAAUUGUUGUUCACGCAUUCAUUACUUCAAUAUUAGAUAGCUGCAGCUCACCACUAUAUGGUCUACCUCAGCGUCUGCUUACAAGAUUGCAAUCCGUUUAAAAUAGUGCAGCUCGAAUUGUUACAUGUACUAGGAAAUUUGAUCACAUGACCCCUAUCCUAAAGGAGAUCCACUGGCUUCCUGUCCGUCACUGUAUAGUUUAUAUAAUUCUUUCACUGAUCUACAAAGCUAUCAAUGGAGCAGUGCCCGGCUACAUAUGCGACUUUCUUAAUUAUUGCACCUCUAAAGGGACACUAAGGUCCUCUGUUCAAUACCCUCUGGCGACCCCGAAAGCGAGACUAAAGACUUGUGGAGAGAGAACGUUUCCUGUGGCGGCACCAGGACUAUGAAACUCGAUCCCACUUGGAAUAAGAUCUAGUUCUUCAAUUGACAGUUUUAAAAGACGUUUAAAAACGUAUCUUUUUGAACCAGGUCGUAACCCUGUUUAUUUUUUUUUGAUGAUAAAUAUGUUUAAUUAUCUUAUAAUUUUUAAAUUAGUCUAUUCGUAUACAUAUAUAUAUAUUUUUUUUUCCUUUUCUCCCUUUCUUUCAGCUUUUCAAUAAUCUUAAUGUAGAACACCAUGGACAAUUAGUGAAUUUGGCGCUGUAUAAAUCUGUUUAUUACAUUCAUUUAUAAAAAUCUUCGACUUGAUUAAGCGAUGUGAAUACAUGUAAUUAUGACACCUGGAAAAUAUUCUCUCCAUUAGUGACGUUCCUCUCUUCGAUUUGUCCUGGUGAAGACCUGGCUUGGAAGCGAGAAUUCAUAAAAAUGACUUGUGUGAUUUUACGAUAUGCACCCUGAGUAUAUAGAGAUGAAAUAAAAGGACUUGAAUAUAUGCUGGUCUAUUUUCAUUUUCCCCUUGAACCUUUUCAUACAAUGGUUGGCUUCCCGGUUUAUGGAAUAUUUGAGACUGAAACUAGCGAGUUAUAAAUUCCAAUUCUACCUCUAUAUUCCUCUGGAGAAUAUCUCAAUGUGGUAUCAGUUCUGCGAGCAUUCGCCCUUUUUGAAUUUAAACGAUCAGAUUUUCUGCCCCUAACACUUGCUGGAAAACAUAAAAUAACAUUGAUUUCAAAGAAUACUUUGUCAUUUCCGUCGUACUCGUUGGUUUUCCAUGGACUGCAUAAAUAUUUUCAUAUCCACAACUAAUUAAAUGAUACUCAGCGGAAAGUAAGGGAGGUAAUUAGGUAAUUUAGCAUUAUCAACUGAGUUGAUAAGGUAAAUUCGCCACCAUAGAGAGUUUAAGGCUAACGUUUCGAGCGUAAGUACUUCGUUAUUUGCUCUGACGAAGGGCCAACGCUCUAAAAGUCAGUUGUAAAACUCUUUACGGUAGCCAAUUUAAGAUAUCAACUCAGUUGAUAAUACUAAAUUACCCUGUUAUACUAUACCACCUACACAGCACCACAGUUUCUUUAGAAACUUUCCCCCUCUGAUAAAAGAAGAAGUUGAGUUUCUCCUCCAUAAAACACCUUAUGCCUAAACCUUUUGAGCUAAGUUAUUUAGAACACACCCACAGGGUAACGAGUAGAAUAGGAAAGAUGGUAAGGUUUUGAGCUCGCUAAAGAAAUAGAGAAAGAUGUUUUUUUUCGUCUUGUCACGAGCGUGGGACAAAAAAAAAAUUCCGAGUUCCCAUGAGAAAUCGAACCUCAAACUUUCGGAUUCCGCGCUCCGAUGCUCUACCACUGAGACACAGAGACUCUUUGUUGGGCGAGGUCCAUUACGAAGUUCAUAUAUGAUAAGCGUCCUGCAUACUGCUACUAUUAGGGUAGCAAAGGUUAACAAAUAGGGUAACAAUAGGUUAACCGUGCAACAAAUAGUCUCUUUAAUAAAUUGCUUUCAUCAAGAAAAAAUAAUGGUCUCAUUAUUUCCCCUUGUUUUUAAUCUUAAGUUCAAGUUUUACAGGAAAAGGAGUGACCACGGGUCACGCGUCAUUAGUAAAUUUUCGUUAGAAAAUUUCGCGGGAAAUUUGUCACUGGUAAAUUGAAAAAAGCUGUGCGCAACGGAAAUCGUCGCGAUAAAAUCUGCUAUUAAUCUUAUACCUGAUAAUUGAAAAAGGGAUGGGGGAAAGAGAAGUCAGCUGGGAAGAGCUGAGUAGAAGGCAAAGGGCAAACAGCAUUGAGGGCCUCUGGCCACGGCGAGGAUGGACUGAAUUAUGGUAAAUAGUAAUAUAGAUAGUAACACAGAAUUAACGCCAACAUAUUUCUUUCCUUUAAACUAACAGAGUAUUCGACAAAAACUUGUUCCCGAACUGACGGACGAAAGGUCUUGAAUCCACACUGUCCUCAACGAACAUAAUGGGUCGGGCAGUGCACGAUUUUUUGUUCACUUUCUUUUAUUCAAUAUCCUUUCCUAUCCAGUUUAAUAACUCAAACAUUUGAACAAUAAAUGAAUGACAUUGUAGCACAACGUCUUUCACAUAUCAAUUUCGGAUAGUGCACGAUUGUCGUUCAACCCUUCGCAUAUGUUGCAAUCAAAUCGUUUUUCUUUGUCUUCAGGUAUGCUUAUAGAUGACAGAGCAGUUUUGAUGGCCCGUCCACAAUAUCAUAGAUCAUAACGCCACAUUAAUUUUGAAACUGCCUUCUUCUGGUUGACUUUUGUUUUGAAUGUCUUUUAAGGGCUUCGAGUACAUUUUCCACGAAAAAAUGUAAGUGAUCGCAGUUAUUGCUGAAAACCGCGUAGGAAUCCUAUGAAGCACUUUUCAUGGCUCACGAAUUGAAUUGGGUGAAAGGAGCGUUUCCUAAAAGCACAACUUACUCGGCCAAUUGCAUAUAGAGCCAGCGAUCCAAAAAUUUGAAUCACAGAUGAAAAUUUAAGCACAACAGAUAUAAGCGUUAUGUUCCAUUGCCACGCGCUCUGAGUAAGGAAACCAGACCAGAUUUCCUGAUUUCCCAAUUCAUUUACCUUUCGGUUACGUCGUCGUCGAAUCUUCGGGACUAAAAGUACACCGGUACUUUCUUUUUCCUUUUAGUCGACGACCGGUAACGCAUUUUAAAGGCUUAGCAAAAUUAAACUGCAAAUGAGAAAAUCCUUGAUAAAGUCAUUUUUUUUCUAAAGAAGGAUGGUAAAAGUAAACGAGAACAGGUUAUCAUGGCUUUCUUAAAUACGUUAACACCGAGGGAGGAUGCGUCUGCUAUUCACUCGUCAUCUUUUGGUAGGAAUGAAUGAAAAAUGCGCUAGAUGUAAUUUUGAUCUCCUAAAUUUUGAAAGUUUUAGGUCAAAACGUCCAAUAGAACUUAAAAACGUUCAGGUGUCUGUUAUCCUAAGAAUAUGGAAUGAUAUUCCUAAGAGACCUAAUUCCUUUUAUUGGGCAAAGCGGAAAACAACUAUUUGCGUCAGAAAUGGUUUGAUGCUGCUCUGAAAUUUUUUUGCAUGUUUCAUUUUCGUACCUUGUGUUGACUUGCUUGACGUUUGGCAAACGUGAUUGGAAAACUGCCAAUCAUUUUCCAUCGUUCGAUUCAUUUAUGAGUGCAAUCUUAUUUCAUAUAUAAAUUUCAUUGUCUUCGCUGAUACAGAAAGAAGUAACAAAUAAACUAAGUAAGGAAAACAGCCACGUUCACCAUCCACCCAUAAUUGGAAGUCAUUUUUGUGAAAUAGAACGGUGUUUUAACGUAGAUUUUUAAGCGUAUCCUACUCAGAAAGUUGGAUACAAGAUGGAAAACGCGAACAGCCUCGACAACUACGAAUCAUGUCAGUUCAAAAAAUCCUGUAUUCCAACUCUCUUCUCUCCAUAACAUGUACGUAUUACAAUCUUACGUAAAGUUCCUUUGUAGUUUGAUGUUUUUUCAUCGAACGUUGAUAGAUUUUUACCACUCUUAACCAUCUCAGAGAAAUUUGUUUUAUACUAGAACAUUGCUGGAGUAUGAAAGAGUAUUUUAAGAGUCCCUGAACGAAAGUUGUUGACGCAGAAAUCUUUAAUGACUGGUUUAAAAUUUCACUAACUUUUAACGACCCAAUAUAGUUGGAUUAUUGGAAAAAUUUGCACAAAUGUUGCGUUAGACUUGCGAAGUUUUACUAGUUUCAAAAUUUAAGUGCUACAACGUCCGCUCGUUUGCCACUUAUCAAAAAUACCUUUCAUUUUAGAAAGAGCCGUCUUAAUCGUUUUCGUCAACCUCAAAUGCCGAGGUAAAAACUUUUCACAGAGGGAAAAAUGUUUUUUCCGUCUUAUUUCUCAGACGAACCCCACUUAUACUCACAAAGACUGGGUGUACAUAACAGGUGGCAUCUGGAAACAAUUAAAAAAGAAAUAAUAACUUGACUACUCUCCAUCUGAGAUGUAUAAUGUUUGACUUUUUUCGCUUCAAAUUUACUUUUACUUACAUUUUUCGUUUAUUAUUUACUUUCUAUUUAUCAGUAGAAACAUUUAACCCGAAUAGUAAUCUGCUGCGUGAUUUCAGGAAACAAUGGUACGUCUCAAUAAUAAACAGCAUACAAUUUCCUCUCUCCAAGAUAACCGGUCUUAAUAGCCAUAGGUUAUUACUAAAUGCAAUUUUUUUAUAACUUCUCCACUAGGACGAAGGUAAAUAAAAGAUUGGCGGAUAGCUUUUCUUUACGGGUUUUUUAGCAAACGUCACGAAAUUACAGUAGAAGAUGGUUGUUUAUUGUGGGGAAUUCGAGUAAUAAUUCCCAGCCAGCCUGGCGAACGUGUGCUAUAUGAAUUACACACAGGGCACCCAGGUAUCGUCCGUAUGAAGUCACUCGCGCGACUUCACGUUUGGUGGCCUAAUCUUGACAGAGAUAUGGCCACAAUCGUACGGAAAUGCGACAACUGUCAGAAGUCACGUAACAAGCCCCAACCGGCACCCUUACACCCGUGGGAUUGGCCAAAAAUGCUGUGGUAGAGAGUGCACAUCGAUUUUGCAGGUCCAUUUAUGGGUAAAAUGUUUCUAAUUGUCGUCGAUAGCUAUUCAAAAUGGUUUGAAGUAGAAAUGAAGCCCAGCAUCACUAUUGAAGCGACAAUCGCAAAUCUUCGCGAUAUGUUUGCUCGGUAUGGCAUUCCACAACAACUCGUGAGUGAUAAUGGCUCACAGUUCACUUCAGAAGAAUUCUGUAAAUUUAUGAAAGCAAACGGAAUCAAGUACACACUUGUUGCUCCGUAUCACCCUCGAUCCAACGGCCAAGCAGAGCGUUUUGUUCAAACGUUCAAGCAAUUUUUUAAGGUGGAGGAUAGCGAUUCGAUUAUGCAAAGUUUAGCGCGAUUUCUUUCCAGUUACCGAACGACACCAAAUAGUACUACAGGCCAAACACCAGCCGAGUUGUUCCUAAAUCAUCGAUUAAGAACGAGGUUAGAUUUAAUGCGUCCUGACCUCGGUCGGAAAGUAUUUGACAGGCAGACGGAUCAGAAGGCCUGAGACGGUCGGAGAACAACUUUGAAAACGAGAUAUUGACCAAAUACACCAAAAGUAUUUAAGCAACAAAGAUAGUAAACCAGAAACCAGUGCAACCAGAAACCAGUCAAACGAUACCACUGACAUCCAACUGGUAACGCCUCCGCAAGCGGAAACCGCGGAAAAAUCAACGCUAAAACCAAACGAAACCAAAAGUAGCGAAAAUGAUAACCGGAUGAAGAUGCGCAAGCAGCCGCGACAGCGCAACCUCAACCUAAAACACGCUAUCCAACUCGACAGCGUAAAGCACCGCAGCGUUUAGGAUUUAAUAUAUAAUGAUUAGAGUAGCUGAUUACCAAGCCUUUGAAAUAAGUGUGGGGGAAUGUAGUGUUUGUUCCUAUUUGGAUAAAUACCUUAGCUAUUAGACAUAGUCUGAUGCUACUCUAGUUUGCAGAUUUAAUAAAUGUAACCAAAGAAGUUACAAUUCAUAGACCCAAGGUUUCGACACUCCUGUCUAGUGCCUUCAUCAGGGGUGAUCUAAACGCUGCAACAAAAGGUCCUUUUAUAUGAUCACUAAUUAGCGGCCUUUUUUUCUGGUUAUCUUGCAAGAAUUUUGUCGCCUGUUUGUCGCCUGUACGGGAUUUGAACCCAUAACCUCUGCGAUACCGAUGCAGCGCUCUACCAACUGAGCUAACAAGCCAACUGGGAGCUGGUCCUGAUGUUGGUUCUAAAUAAACCCGUGAAGUGAUGAAAUAAACGGUUACGAAUAUAUGAAAGUCAUAUAUUUGAACUGUGGAUAAAGACGUGAAUGAAAGUGAUCCUCGCAGUAGUGUGCACUACUUAGGCAGUAGUGAAAAUAAGGCCUGAAAAAAAAAGGUGAAUGCUACCUGCACGAACACCAAGGGAUCGUAAGUUUGUACUUGUCACUCCGGAUAUACUGGAAAUGGACGGGAAUGCACACGUACUUGAUGCGUUUCUUUUGUAACCAUUCCAAAUAGCAAGAAAAGCACCAUCAUCUUUGCAAGACUUGUUUUACCAGCAUACCUUGUAUAAAAAAGUGAUGAGUAUAGACCUGACGACAAUGGUGACAAUGACACAAUUGUAUUAACCCUUUCAUUAUCUCAUUAGUAGUUCUCUUGACUGUCUGCCGUACAAUUCUUUUGAUGUUUGUUCUAAGAAUUUGGUAUUGAAUCAACUAAUAAUCCACACGUUGAUAUUCUUCUUUAUUCUCAUCAUUUGUCUGUUUGAUGUUGUAUUGAUUUGGUAAAGAGAAAUUUUGUCUUGGUCACUCAUGGGAAUUAAAAGGUUCAUUAAACAUUUAGUGAUAAGAAAUCUCAAAUGGCAAAGGGAGAUUAAAUUAAAGGCUUGAUUGAAGCCUUACUAGUUAAUUUAUUAAUUAAAGGCUUACAGGACAGAACAACAGAGUUAAACUUAAGGGGAACCGAGAAAAAAAUCUGGUGUGUGGUAAUGUGAAGUGCUUCCGUCUAGAACCACAAGACAAAAAGACUAAGGUUUCUAAGCAUGAUGCUCGGCAACUUUUUUCCUAUUACAAUUAUUUUUUUUUGUGUUUAUGAUUUUACAGAUAUUGACGAGUGUAAAGGAAAUCACUCUUGUCACGUGAAUGCAAUGCAAUUUUAAAAUCCGCCAGAAAAAAAUCUACCAAGGAAGGCUACCAAGGCUGAUCUUUGACGACUGAUAUCCCACUACAGUUUGGAAUGGUGUCUAGAGAGAGAUUCCGCUGCAGUAGAAUUUUUGGUUUAGUCUAAAGUAACAAUUAAUCUUAAUUUUUCACAAUGACAACUAACUUAAUGCUUUUUCGCCUCGCAACAGUUUAAAACCUAAUGUGUAUCUCGCUCGUGUAACUACAACCGUUGCAUAAUUAUUCUUUUCUCUCCCUUUUUUUUAGAUAUUGGUGAAUGCCAAAAAGAUACUCACGAUUUUCACCUGAACGCUACUUGUCAAAACACAAAUGGAUCCUUU